AUGAAUUCCCCAGGCGAGCUUGUCCCACAAACAGAAUCUGUCGCGGAUGUCUACUCGACCGACCCAGCUGGUGGAGUUAGCAUAUCUUCCGACCAGAAACUCCGCUGGACCAAUUUCAUUGCUACGUUCAAGAAACUCUACGGUGCCUUACCGGAUUUCGUCGCGCGGAGCCCCGGCAGAGUCAACAUCAUCGGCGAACAUAUCGACUACUCGCUCUACGAUGUCUUACCAACCGCCGUCAGCGUCGAUGUCCUCAUAGCUGUUAAAGUUUAUCCGGCAGAGAAAACCCAAGAAUCUUGGGCGAAAGUGGCUAAUACCAACGGUACAAAGUUCGCUAGUGGGCAAUUCACUAUCCCUAAGGAUAAAGAUGUUGAAAUCGACAGCGCGAAACAUGAGUGGAUAAACUAUUUCAAGGCUGGGCUGCGGGUGGCCUUGAAAUUACUACGAGAAAAGGAUCAGUUUGGGGACUUCACACCCGUUAGUUUUGAGGUGCUGGUGGAUGGCAAUGUGCCUCCUGGUGGAGGAAUAUCUAGUAGUGCCGCCUUCGUCUGCUCUAGCGCGCUGGCUGGAGUAAAGGCAAAUGGCUAUGAUAUUUCCAAGCAGGAGCUUCAAGAUAUAGCUAUCGUUUCGGAGCGUGCAGUUGGAGUAUAUUCUGGAGGAAUGGAUCAAGCGGCGUCCAUAUUUUCCCUCCGCGGCUAUCUCCUCUACGUUCGCUUUUUCCCCUCCUUCCAUUUCGAACACAUUCCCGUUCCCAAAGCCCACCCAGAAAUAACCUUCCUCAUGGCCCAAAGCUUCGUCACAUCUAACAAGGCCGAAACAGCACCACGGCACUACAACUUGCGCGUCGCUGAAUGUACUCUAGCGACCGUCGUCCUCGCUAAGAUGCACAAGCUUUUCCUCCCUAAUGACUGUAGCUCACUAGGCUACAGCUUGCGCAACUUCCACGAGGAACUCAUGCGCAAGGAAGGCCGUCUUCAAGACCCGCUUGAAUACCAACUCGACUCUAUUAUCAUGGUUGCCGCGGAUAUGUUGACCAAGGAAGAAGGCUACACGCGUGAGGAUGUUGCUACAUUGUUAGGCAUAUCCGUCUCGGAUCUCGAGAAACAAUUCCUCUCUACUUUCCCUGUGCAAGCGGAACGCUUUUUUCUGCGUCAACGUGCGCUACAUUGCUUUAAAGAAGCAAGACGGGUUCUGGAUUUCAAGUCAUGUCUCUCUCGCUCCCAGAAGCAGGGCCAUCUGGACGAGCAUAAUGUGAAGUACCUGGGCCAAUUGCUGAAUGAAUCGAUGGCAUCGUGCCGAGACCUGUAUGACUGCACUUGCCCCGAGGUAGAUGACAUUUGCGAAAUUGCGCUUCGGGCUGGUGCUCUAGGAAGUCGAGUGACGGGCGCGGGUUGGGGUGGAUGUACGGUGCAUAUGGUCCCGCAGGAAAAGGUUGCUGACGUGACGGAGGCUUUGAAGAAAGAGUACUACUAUAAAAAGUUUCCGGAUAUCAGUCAGGAAAAGUUGGAGGAAGCUAUAGUUAUUAGCAAGCCUUCGAACGGCACGUUUUUGAUCUCCGGCGCCGCCAUCUUAGAGAGUGCUUAG